AUGGCUUCCAGGCAAGCCAUCUUCUCUGUUUUGUUGAGUUUUCUUUGCUUAUUCCAUGGCUGUGUUUCUCAGCAGUAUGGGGAACAAUCACAACAAGGGCAAUGCCAAUUCCAGAGGAUGAACCCACUCGAACCCAGUCAGGAAAUCCGAGCUGAAGGUGGAUUGACUCAGUUCUGGAAUCACCGGGAUCAGCAAUUCCAGUGUGCCGGAGUUUCCUUGAUCCGUCACGUCAUUCAACCCAAAGGAUUCAUGUUGCCUUCCUACACUAAUGUUCCUCUUCUUGUCUACACCGAAAGAGGUAGGGGGUUUUUUGGCCUAAUGAUUCCUGGCUGCCCUGAGACAUUCCAGUCAUCUCAAUCUGAAUUUGGUGGACAACAACAGCAACAAGGACAAAGAGGCCAACAAGGCCAACAACAAGGCCAAGGAGGGCAGAGCCAGAGCCAGAGGUUCCAUGACCGUCAUCAGCGGAUUCAUAACUUCGGACAGGGCGAUAUCUUGGCAAUCCCCGCCGCCGCUGCUCAUUGGGUCUACAAUCACGGCGACGAAGAACUCGUUCUGAUUGUGCUGGAAGACACAACCAACAACAUUAACCAACUCGACACCAAUCCCAGGAGAUUCUUCCUCGCCGGAAACCUGCCCAGAGGACAGCAACAGCAGCAAGGACAGGGACAACAACAGCAAGGAUGGGGCAACAUUUUCAAGGGAUUUGAUGUGGAGACAUUGGCAGAAGCAUUCAAGGUGAACCCAGAAACCGCAAGACAGCUACAGAGUGAGAACGACGAGAGAGGCCACAUCAUUCAGAUCCGAGAAGGUUUACAAGUCCUCAGGCCACCAAUUAGGCAAGAACAACAGCAAGAACAACAACAGCAAUACGGUGGACAACAACAAGAUUCAAAUGGACAGGAAGAAACCGUUUGCACCGCCCGAUUCAGAGAGAACAUUGACAACCCUUCCCGUGCCGAUAUCUAUAGCCCGCGUGCCGGACGAUUCACCACCGUCAACAGCUUCACUUUCCCCAUUCUCAAGUUCUUCCAACUCAGUGCUGAAAAGGGUGUCCUCCACAGGAAUGCAAUUUUCGCACCACAUUGGUAUGUGAAUGCAAAUGGCAUAAUCUAUGGUGUCAGGGGUGAAGCCAGGAUUCAAAUAGUGAACCACAGAGGCCAAACAGUGUUUGAUGAACAGCUCAGGCAAGGACAGGUGGUUGUUGUGCCACAGAAUUUUGCAGUUGUGAAGCAGGCUGGAAACCAAGGAUUUGAAUGGGUUGGAUUUAACACAAAUGACAAUGCCAUGAUCAACUCCAUCGUCGGCCGGACCUCCACUUUCAGGGGAUUGCCGGUGUCGGUUCUGGCCAACUCUCUACAGAUUUCAGAGGAGCAGGCUCUACAGCUCAAGUAUAACAGGGACGAGACUCUGAUCUUGAGCCCUGGUUCCAGUGAUUUUACUCCUGAAAUAACAAUGGUCUCCAUUAUUUCCCAGCUUCUUUUCAUUCUUGUUUGUUCAUUAUCAUCAUCCCAGGCAGCUGUUUUACAGCACCAGAAACUCAGAAGACCCGGAUUUGUGUACACCAGAGCCAGAGGAAAAUGCACUCCUCAGUAUUGGAGUAGCAGAACAGAGUCAUGGCCGAAGAUGGUCCCUCAGAUGUCAACAGUGUCUAACGUUUUUGGUUCCAGAGCUUUCGAGAGGUACAGAUUCGAUCUGACCCUUUUAGAGGCGACUUCGAGAAACGAUGACGAUUCCGGCAACGUUUUCGCCGGACUGGUGAAGGAAUCUACGGCGGCGCUGUUGAACUCCUACGCCCGGAAAGGAUAUCCUUACUCUGCUUGGGAGAUUAAGACGAUGGUUAUUCAGGCUCUGGUCUCUAAAGAAGCGGCUUCGAUUCAGGCCCAACGGUUUAGAGAAGCUAAUCUGGCCUGUAAUCAGCUUCAUUUGUAG